AGGCGGGCGGUCAAAUCCACUCUCUCCCCCCCACCCCAGAUCUCGAAUCUGUGGGGCGGCGAGUCCGUUAAGAGACCUCCUCGCAGUUUUUACCUAAGAAAAAUAUUGCACUUUCAUUCUCUCCCCCGCUCCCCAUAGCUGUUUUCCCCUCCGAUUUUCUUUGGCAAGGGGGGGGGGGGCGCUGAAACCCCUCCCGGAGAAGGAAACGAGGCAGCCAUGGACGAGCAGAGCGUUGAGAGUAUUGCUGAAGUGUUCCGAUGUUUCAUUUGUAUGGAGAAAUUGCGUGAUGCACGCCUGUGUCCACAUUGUUCCAAGCUGUGCUGUUUCAGUUGCAUUCGGCGUUGGCUGACAGAACAAAGAGCCCAGUGCCCUCACUGUCGGGCUCCGCUCCAGCUGCGGGAGCUGGUUAACUGUCGCUGGGCUGAGGAAGUGACCCAGCAGCUUGACACGCUUCAGCUGUGCAAUCUCAACAAGCAGGAAGAAAGCGAAAAGGACAAAUGUGAAAAUCAUCACGAGAAACUAGAGGAAUUGUGUUUUACCAUUGGACCUACCAUAAAAUGCAUCCUGCCACCGAAGUGUCAUGUUGUGGGAGGCCUACACGGGGGGCACACAUUCAAGCCCUUAGCUGAAAUUUACGAACAGCAUGUCACCAAGGUGAAUGAAGAAGUGGCAAAGCUUCGCCGGAGACUCAUGGAGCUAAUCAGUUUGGAACAGGAAGUGGAAAGGAAUGUAGAAGCUGUGCGCAGUGCAAAAGAUGAGCGUGUUCGGGAAAUCAGAAAUGCAGUGGAGAUGAUGAUUGCUAGGUUAGACACUCAGCUGAAGAACAAACUUAUAACACUAAUGGGGCAAAAGACCUCCCUCACCCAAGAAACUGAACUCCUGGAGUCCCUGUUGCAAGAAGUAGAACACCAGCUACGCUCAUGCAGUAAAAGUGAGCUGAUAUUGAAAAGCUCUGAGAUCUUGAUGAUGUUCCAGCAAGUGCACAGGAAACCCAUGGCUUCUUUUGUCACGACUCCUGUCCCUCCCGAUUUUACAAGUGAAUUAGUACCGUCCUAUGAUUCAACUACCUUUGUCUUGGAGAAUUUCAGCACUUUGCGCCAGCGGGCAGAUCCAGUCUAUAGUCCACCUCUUCAAAUUUCCGGGCUCUGCUGGAGGCUAAAGGUUUAUCCAGAUGGAAAUGGAGUUGUUCGAGGCUACUAUUUGUCUGUAUUUCUUGAGCUUUCUGCUGGAUUGCCAGAAACAUCCAAGUAUGAAUACCGUGUUGAAAUGGUCCAUCAGUCGACAAACGAUCCUGCUAAAAACAUCAUUCGAGAAUUUGCAUCUGAUUUUGAAGUUGGGGAAUGCUGGGGUUACAACAGGUUCUUUCGAUUAGACUUGCUUGCAAAUGAAGGCUACCUGAACAGGCAAAAUGACACAGUCAUAUUAAGGUUCCAGGUGCGUUCCCCUACCUUCUUCCAGAAAUGUCGGGACCAGCACUGGUACAUUUCUCAGCUAGAAGCUGCUCAGGCAAGCAAUGUCCAACAAAUAAAUAAUCUCAAAGAGAGGCUUGCCAUUGAGCUGUCCCGUACCCAGAAAGCCCACGGCAUGUCUCCUCCGGACACUCAUCUCAGCCCACAGAGUGAUGAUGGCCCAGAAGCAAGACCCAGAAAGCCCGGACCAAACUCAGAUGUGUGUCUUGAGGCUGUGGCUGCAACCGCAGGUCCCCGAGAUACCAAGGAUGACGAAGAGGAGAAAGCACAUUAUGAAGACUUUAACCAUGACCUCUCAGACGGAGAUCUGGAAGAUGAGAUGAAGUACCUGGACGGCAGCAGUUCUUCUGCUAGUUCAACAGCCACCAGCAACACAGAGGAGAAUGAUAUCGAUGAAGAGACCAUGUCUGGAGAGAAUGAUGUAGAAUACAGCAACCACAUGGAGUUGGAGGAAGGAAAUCUCAUGGAUGAAGCAGCCGGGACUGUGGCUGGUGCAUCAGGCGGGAGCAAUGGCUGUCCUAUCUCAAGCACCCCUAUAUCAAGGCGGCGGGGAAGCGCGCUGGCCUCUUCUUCCAGUACCAGUUUACUUGAUAUAGACCCCUUGACUUUAAUACACUUGUUGGACCUGAAAGACAGAAAUGGGGUAGAAAACUUAUGGGGUCUACAGCCACGCCCUCCAGCUUCACUUCUUCAGAACAGAGCGUCUUAUUCUCUGAAAGACCGGGAUCAGCGGAGGCACCAGGCCAUGUGGCGCGUCUCACCAGACUUGAAAAUGCUGAAGAGGCUGAAAAGUCAGAUGGCCGAGGUCCGCAGUAAAAUGUCAGAUGUAAAGAACCAGCUGUCAGAGGUCCGGAGCAGCAACGCCACGUCUUCCGAUGGGCCACCCGCCUACUUCUCUGGCGACCAGGGAGCCUUUGCUGCAUGUGGGGCAGAGAGCUACAGCAAGCUGCAAGAGCUUGCGCGGGAGGUGCUGAUGAAGUCAUUGCUCUCAGGCUACGGCGUAAAUACCGCUGCACCCAAGAGAAGCCAUUCAUCCAAAGCUGGACGAAGUGGGGCAGCCGGCAGCUUGUCUCUGCGCAGAGCCAUGGACUGUGGGGAUGGGAAUCUUCGCCCUAAAGGAGACUGCCAGAAUACUUCUGAAGGAUGCCUAGGGAAGAUGAAGCCCAGCAGCAGGCAUGGCUCCCCCAGGGGUCUGACUGGCGGCUGUGCCUCAGAGGCAUUGCUGAAGCCUGAAGACAGGCAUUGUGAAACCUCUGACUUGGAUGCCGGCAUGUCUGGCUUGAAUGGCAUCACGCCUGUGGAAAAAGCCAGGAAAAUGAUGGCGUUGGGAUGCCAUCUGGACGGAACCGAGUCAGCUGACUUGGAAAACAACACAGAAGCUGGAGAGCUGCAGCCUGGGCUCUCUGAUGGAGCGUUGGCUGGCCCAGAGGACGAUGGGCUUUGCCCAAAGCACGUCCUCCACCUCCUGCCAGGCAUGAGCAGUGACAGCGACAUUGAAUGUGACACAGAGAAUGAGGAGCAGGAAGGCGGGGAACCUGCCAGGGCCUCUCCAGAUGUCCUCAAUCAGGCUUUCCAGGCCCAGUGUUCCAGUGAAGCCUUAGAGUUGUGUUCUGUUUUUCCUGAAGGGGAUGAAGUGGGCUCUAAUGAUCUUCCCUUUGCCACUGGAAAAGACUGCACAAGGUAAUUGGUCCCAUCGCUAUCAGUCGCGUUAAGAACAGUGACAGAAGCUGCUCAUGAAAGGACCCUGCAGCACCUUUCAGUACAGCCAGCCGUGAACCAAGCCCUGCCUCAGGGAAACUGCCUUUGAUACCAGCAUCUUGCAAUCGUGGAAGACGGGCAAGUCUUUCUUGCCCCUUCAUUUUGCUGAAGGCAGGUGACUCUUGUGUGUUAUGACUACAAUACAGAUCAUCCCCCAGAUCUGAGAGGUCUGUGCAAGUGUUACCAGGUCUUAUUCGGCUAGGCCCCAAUCUUCUUUGCUUCCUUUCUCAUUCACCCUUCUGGUCUGGGAUUCUUAAACAGGAGCUUCCUAGGGUGCAAGGCAGAGAGACACAUUCUUGAAAUUUUGCAUUGUGGCUUUGUGCUGACAGAGGCUGAUGGAAGCUCAAGAACUCCCCAUGAUCCUCUCUCUCUCUCUGCCAGGUAGAGCAUCUGCAGAGAGAGCCUGCCUGAAGCUGGACUGGCACACACCAGCCUGUGUCCCUUGGAGGUGGCACGACCCAGCCCAGGGGUUAUUUCCGGUAACAUCUUGCGCACAUCUUGUCUUUUCUCUCUCUCUUAGCGCUGAGCGUCUUCCCGCACUGCUUUUCUGAACCUGCUCAGUUGCCAGCGCUGCCACAAUAACCUAUGUCCUGUGUGCCUCCUAGUGGUGCUGAAACCUCAGCUACAGACAUAGUUUGGAGGGAUGGAAAUAGGAGUCUCCCUGCUCCGUUGUGACAUGGCAUGUAUUGAUGCUAAUUGAGCUGCUACGCUGGCAAGUCCUAAGCUACUUUAAAAAGAGAUGUCUCUAUACUCUGCCCCUUCCCCCAAUCCAGUUUUGGCCAAUUGGGAACACUUGUUGCCAAACUCUGCACCACUGUGCAUCGCACUUCAGCUGCUAAAGAUACGGUGAGCCUGUGCUGAAUUGGCUGUUCCCUUAAGCAUGAAUUGCUGUAUAAAUGUUGUGUGUCCUGAUGUCUACUGAACGUUGUACUGAACAGUUUAUUAAGUGAUGUUUAAAGUGCUGUAAAAAUUCAUAUAGUUAAGAUGAGUUGUCUGCACUUUUUUAAAUUAAUAAAAUGAACCUGGAACUGA